AUGGAUUCUUGCUUAGGAUGUGACAAAUCGAUACAAGUUAUAUUCAAUAGACAAACAUUGGAUGUAGAUCUCUUAGUAAUCGUUUUUAUCGAAACUAUGGAACAAACUAAUCGAAGCAAUACUCAAUUCUUAAGGAAGAAAGUGAAAAAUCUUGAAUUCGAUGCCCAUAGUUACAGUCCAGCGGUUAUUAUUAAAUAUGAACUUGCAUCAGCGGUGCAUGAUUUAGAAGAUGCAUCACUCACUUCACCAUCAAAAUAUUGCAAAAAAAUCAUUCAUCUGAAACAUUUUAAUGAACGAGUGGAUACAUCGGCUCUUGCUCAACAUAUUCUUCUAGUGUGUCCUAUAAUACCGGAAUGCAGAAUUAAUGAAUUAAAACAAAUAUUGUAUUACUUACAAGAGCGACACAGUUCAGGCAGUGGAAGUGAUGUAAAUUUAUCGGUAAAAGAUAUAGAUGUUGCAUCGACAUCACGAGCAAAUAUGAGUUACAUAGAGGAUUAUAUUGAAAUGCUUUAUGAUGAAAUUUCGGAGAAGACAAAAGCAACAGCUUUGUUCUUGGAGCUUAGUCAGAAUCACAGAAACUUACAGCAACUCAUUGAGAACGAGGUAUUGAUGAGUGCACUCGUACGUGUAUUACGAGAUGAUUGGAAAAAAAGUUUUGAACUUGCUACUAAUAUUAUUACAACGCUUUAUAAUUUUUCCACUUACACCAACUUUCAUCAGUUUCUCGCCCAUCACAAAAUAGGUUCUCUAUCAAUGCAAAUUGUUGAUUAUGGAUUGAAACGUUGGGAAGCAUGGAAAGAAGAAGCACGUCACAGUGAUGAAUGUACCACACGUCGUCUUAAUCUUGCAAUUCGCAAACAACAACAAUUAAUUGCUGCUUGUUUAAACUUGUUGCUGAAUUUGGCUGAAGAUAUUAAAGUUGAGAUGAAAAUGGUAAACCGACGGAUAAUUUCACUGCUAUCGAAAUGUAUAGAGGACCAUGAUGCCGUUUUACCGUUGCUUUUAUGUGCCAUCAAUUUUUUGCUUAAAUUAAGCAUUUAUAGUGAAAAUAAGGAAGCUAUGAUAAAUGGUCGUGUCGUAGAAAGUAUAUCCUUGUUAUUUCCAAUAAAAAAUGGAACUCUACGACACAGCGCUAUUCAAUUACUGUUCAAUUUGUCAUUUAUACCAUCUCUUCGUGAUCAAAUGGUUUCUGCUGGCUUCAUUUCUCACAUAGCACCGCUAAUUGAGGACGAAAGCGCUUUGAAAUUUCUCUAUCAAUUAAGCAUCAAUGAUGAUGCCAAAGCAAUGAUUACUUAUACUGACGCUUUACAAAAUCUAAUGCGCAUACUGCUUACUAAUAAAAGUUCGGAUAUAGUGAAAGCAAUUUUGAUCAAUAUAGCACUGGAAAAGCGUAAUGCUCAACUACUUUGUGGCACCGAUGGUGAAGGACUUAAUUUGUUAAUCGAAGCGGCUUUAAACCAAAAAGAUCAAUUAUUACUGAAAAUAGUGCGAAAUAUCGCUAUUCAUAGCGGUCCUACACAAGCAAUGUUUUCGAAAUGGGCUAUUCCUUUGCUCGACAUUGUGGUGGAUAAAAAGGGUAAGAAAGAACUUGAUUUGUUUGCCUUGGAAUGUUUGGGUAUUGUCAAUCAGUUGACUAGCGUUGAUUGGGCAUCAUUAGCUGAGCAAGUUUCACUUAUUCCAUGGAUUGAGGAUAAUCUGAAAGGACAAAUAAUGAUUCAAUCACGUGCGGAUCAGCUGUUGCAGGUGAUUAUUCUGUGCGGAACAAUGGCUCGACAAUUAAAUGCGGCUCGUUUAAUAGUGCCACUUAUAGAUCAACUGGUAGAAUUGUUGACAGCCCAACAAGAAGACGAUGAAAUGGUCAUACAAGUGGUAUACGUCUUUUAUGCUAUAAUAACACAUGAAGAACUCAGUGAAAGUGUUAUGGGUGGAAGUGCACACGUUGGUGCUUAUCUGAUCGAUUUAAUGCAUGACAAAAAUGUACCUAUCCGUGCAAUAUGUGAUCGGGCACUUUCCAUUAUUGCUGAACGUAGUGAAGAAUGGGCUCGAAAAAUGGAUGUCGAGCGCUUUCGAUGGCAUAAUUUACAAUGGCUAGAAAUGGUUGCUGAUAGCAAUAACGUGACGUCCAAUGAUUCGGUGAUUUCCGGUUCACCGGAUAUUUACGACCAAGUGUUUGGUGUCGAAGAUAUUCUUGGUGAUGCAUCACAGGAUAUUCCUCUUACGCAUGAAAAUAAUGACUUUUAA